GUGCGCGAUGGGAAGCCCGAGCGUGCUGAUGGUCCGUGGGAUUACCCUAUCAGGUGCAAACCGCUGACAUGUUUCCACCCACCAGCGAGCAAAAAGCCUCACAGUGGCCCAACGGGCAGCCGCAGACGCGCAGCUCAGCCCUCUGACAGACGCCUUUGGAUUUCCUCUUCAUUAUUACAAUAUUUAGAAUUCACGGACAGGUGGAAAGGACGCUUUUUCAAUAGACGACACUUGCACAAUAAAAAAAAAAAAAAAAAAAAAAGACAAUGGCCCGUGCAAGGUGUAGAACUUCCCCUCGUCAGGUACACUUUGGGAAUUUGUGAUCUAUUUUUUCCAUCAUCUUGGAGAGGAUAACAAUCGGAAAGUGGGAUUUUGUUUCUUUUGGUAAAUAAUCUGGAUAAAUCGUCGACAAGGAAGCGCCUCAUGUUGCCUCGGGUGAGCGUUUCACCGCCGGACUCCACCGCCGCAAGAAGCGUCUCCUCGCCGGAGCCUUGCGCGUAAAAGGCGCACGGACAGCCGCAUCGGAGUUCCAGGAAGGCGGCGGCGGUGGUGGCGGUUCGCCCCUCCACCCACCCCCGCCUUCUUUCCUCUGUGUGUCGAGCGGAAGCAGGUGUCAAGAUGUCGCCGCUGCCUUCCAGGUUCUUUUACCUGUGUUUACAUUUCCUGGUCCUCUACUUUCAGAUAAAGGAGUCACAGCAGAGCUCUCCUGACUUCCGUAUCUACAUUGAGAACCACACGAGGAACCCGGACGACCUGAGCCGCAAGCAGGUCCGCAUCUACCAGCUGUACAGCAGGACCACGGGAAAGCACGUGCAGAUCCUCGGGAAGAAAGUCAACGCCAACGGAGAUGAUGGGGGCAAGUAUGCUCUUCUGGUGGUGGAGACAGAAACCUUCGGCAGCCACAUCCGAAUCAAAGGAAACGAAAGCCAACACUACAUCUGCAUGAACGAGAAGGGCAAAAUUGUCGGAAGGCCCGAUGGCAGGAAGCAGGAGUGCGUGUUUGUGGAGGAGUUCCUGGAGAACAACUACACAGCGCUGGUCUCGGCCAAGUACAAAGGCUGGUACCUGGGCUUCAACCGCAAGGGCCGGCCCAAGAAGGGCUCGCGCACCACCCAGCGGCAGCAGGAGGUCCACUUCAUGAAGCGGGACCCCAAGGGCCGCGAGGACCGGUUGGAGGAGUUUCGCUUCACCCCCGUCACCACACGCACGCGGCGAGCCCGCCGGCUAAAAGCCAGGAGGAACUGAUUGAUUGAUGGGUUAUUUGAUGGAUUGAUUGACAGCACUCAGGAGGGCGGACACUCCAUGGACAGUCUGGUAUUGAAAGAACAAAUUUUUAUUUUUCUACUUGAUGCGUCUUGCCGUCUUAUUUAUAUGUACGGAGGAAACGUUUGAGGACAGCGUCUUUGUUGACCGUCAAGCCAGGAGGUGACGCAACGCCAUAAAAAUCAGCCAAGUGGGAUUUAUUGGAAUCUUGUUUGUGUUACCCCGCCCUGACAAGGAUGCCAUACUUUCCACUAAAACAGGACGCCAUGGAGACGGGAGGAAGAAGGCGGAACAGUGCCACCAGAAUGACUGUGUUGCUUUGAGUGCAAUAUUUCACACAGCAUUCUUUUUUUUUUUUUUUACCCAGUUUUACGUCUUCCACCUUCAUCACAGACGCACUACUGGACUUGCCAUAAAUAACUCCAGAGGUUUUUUGUUGUUGUUCUUUUUGGUGACGAAGCCCUACCUCCUGGUUUCUGUUCUUUUUGUUUUUUCUAAUGGGGCGCUCCUUUAGUGACUUUGCCACCUUCUCUGUCCAAUAAUGUGUACUCACCUGUCUAUUGGCAACUUUACUAACAACAUGACACACACAUUUAUGAUCUUUUUUUUUUUUAAAUGUAAGCAAAAAAUAAUUUUAUGACUAUUAUUAAGAUAUUUAUUGCCUCCCCUUUGUAAAUAAAAUGUGCUAAGUUUUAUUUGGCCUCUGUUAAUAAAAUGAGGACUAUAUUUUAAAUCA